AUGAGCUUUCUUUUACUACUCACAUUUCUAAACCUUGUGUUCGGGUCCAUAGUGAGUAAGCGUUCGUUUGACGCAAAAUUUGCCUAUACAUCAGUUUUAAGCACCACAUGGUCUACAUUUUGGCACAAUGAAUAUCAGGCAUUUGAUUUGAAUGACCCAUCAUGUAACCCCAAUUUCAGUUAUGCUGCGGUUUGGGAUGUAGCCGUGGCUGGGAAGGCUAUUGUGGAUUCUGGUGACGUGCAAAAGACUACACAAGUUAUUAAUUCCUUAUACAAGUUUCAAAAUUCCGAAGGGUGGUUCACUAGUCUGCCGGGGGGUUCAGACAUUUACACAGACGAUAAUUCUCAAGUAUUGUGGGUAUUCUUGGAUGCUUACAAGUUGACCCAGAAGGAAGCAUAUCUCAACACUGCUGUUAAUUUGAUGCACCUAAUUCAAACACAAUGGUCACAAAUUGGAGGCAUAACAUGGCAAAAGGAUGCCACUUAUGUAGCCUCAAUAUCAACAACUGAAGCUGCUCUUAGUGCAGUUAAAGUUUACGAAUACAACAAUGAUAAAACUUUGUUAACAUUUGCAAAUAGCUGUCUUACUUGGUUAGACGAGCAUUUGACAGAUCCACUGGAUGGAUUCUAUUAUGACGGUAUUAAUAAGGAUACCUGGCAAGUUAAUAAAGGGAAAUUGACAUAUACAGUAGGUACAGCCAUUUCAACCUACUCCUAUCUUUACAAAUUCACAGGUGAUGCAACAUAUUUGAAAAAAGCGACCAAAAUGGCAUCUGCAACUUUAUCAUCGUCAACUUUCUUGAAUAAUAAUGGAGCUUGGAACAAUGAUCUUUGCUAUGUACAUCUUUUGUUUUGCGGAUUUGCCGAUUUGAUCACAAUUGGAGGGAAAACUUCAUAUACUAGUGCACUAGUUGAUCAAGCCAAUUUUAUCUACUUGUUUGAUAAACUUGACUCUGGCGAUUAUUCACUCUAUACCAAAGCACAAAGCUUGUAUGAACAGUAUGUGAAAAUUACCGGUGACUCAAAAAGUGUCAAUUACAACUAUAAUCCCGACAACUUCUGUAACGGUGACGUGAAUAAACCCAGAAAGUCUGUCUUGGAUGAUGGAUCUGCUGCUCAGAUUUUCUACUCUGUUGUACGAGUGAGCUGA